AUGACCGAUUUUCUAUCUGAUGGAAGCGAAAUAGAAAGAGCCAUAAAUAAUACGCACAAGAUCAUAUUGUCAUUAAAAAACGAAUACUAUAAAUUCCUCAAGCCUAGAGUCAAAGCGGAUGAUUAUGGAGGAUACCGACCAACUCUCCCUAUCAUCCCAGAAGCUCAAAUUUUGUUCGAAUCCACUAAUAAGAAGUCUGUGCGCGGUGAAUUAGAAAUCCUCUUAAGAAAGAAAAUAAUUCGACAAUUUUACGUUGAUCUUCCAGAUUUUCCCUCAGAAAGAUUCUUCAUGUUGUUCCAUGACUACAUAGAUCAAUUCAAGUCUGUUGGUAGCCAGCUUGCAACUGAUUUCGCCGAUAAAGUUUUGGAAAAGCAUCUAAAGUUUAUCAUAUCCGAAACAGAACUUAAAAAAUUCGGAUUCAAUGAUGAAAAUAUACGUGAAAUGGUUCAAAUGCAUAUCCUUUACAUUACAGAAAAUCAUUCUUAUCAUAUUGGACUUCCGAACGGAACUCCUUUUACUAUGUCUGUAAAUUCGGGUAGAAGAGAAAUCAUAUCUUAUCUUAAACGAUGUCCAAACGCCAAAAAGAUGUCCGUAUUAAGUCGAAAUAUCAAUGAUUCGCUAUACUACGGUGAAUUUCACUUUAAAUCUCUUCUAGGAAUUGGAGUAAUAUCAUUACAACAAGCGCGAAGUCCAUUAGAUGACAAAGUUUCUUUAGUUUACGAUCCGUAUUCCAAGAAAUGA